UGCUGACGGAAGGCCGGAUGUUCCCGACAUGACUGAAGUUACUGGAUAGAAUGACUUGAACUCUUAAAGUUUAAACCUAGUGCAGAGAGACGGCAAAACUGAGAGGAGCCAAGCUUGUCAGAGGAGCUGUCUCGAGAUCGGGGGACUGGGAGGGGGUUGAGGAAGCCUUUGCUUUGAAAGGGUUAGUUGCAGCCCAAGGAAAGGGCCUUCUCAUGGUUCUGUGCAGGUUAGGAGAUCUGCUUGACUGUCCCCCACCUCAGGUGACCAUGGUGAAGAGAGUGGCGAUCAUCGGAGCCGGAGUGAGCGGCCUGACCUCGAUCAAGAGCUGCCUGGAUGAGGGUCUGGAGCCCACCUGCUUCGAGAGGAGCGAUGACAUAGGGGGGCUGUGGAAGUUCAAAGAAACCGCCGGAGAUGGGAAGACCAGGGCCUAUAGGUCUGUGAUGACCAACACUUCAAAGGAGAUGUCCUGUUACAGUGACUUCCCCUUUCAGGAAGAUUACUCCAACUACAUGAAUCAAGCCAAAUUUUGGGAAUAUCUGCACGCAUACACCGAGCACUUUGACCUGUUGAAAUACGUACGCUUCAGGACCACGGUCUGCAGCAUAAUCAAACACCCCGACUUCUUUGCCACCGGGCAGUGGGUGGUGGUCACUGAGUCUGAGGGGAACCGGGAAACAACCGUCUUUGAUGCGGUCAUGAUUUGCACUGGCCUUUUUCUGAAUGCUCUUUUGCCUUUGGAGUCUUUUCCUGGCAUCAAGAAGUUUCAAGGCCAGGUCCUGCACAGCCAGGAAUACAGGAUCCCGGAAGACUUCCAUGGGAAACGAAUCCUGGUGAUAGGCACCGGGAACACCGGUGGGGACGUUGCAGUGGAGCUCGGCCGAGUGGCAGCUCGGGUAUUUCUCAGUACCCGACAUGGCACCUGGAUCAUCAGCCGGCUUUCUCACGAUGGCUAUCCUCUUGACAUGAUGCUCACGACUAGAUUUCGUCACCUAAUUAGAUGGCUCCUGCCUUCGGCCAUUUGGAAUAGGAUGAUGGAGAAGCAGUUGAAUAGAUGGUUUAACCACGAGAACUACGGAUUGCGCCGUUGCAAAGGGCAGAAACUAAAGUUAAUGGUAAACGAUGAGCUGCCAAGCAGCAUCCUCUGUGGGACUGUCACUGUGAAAGUCAAAGUGCAGGAAUUCACAGAAACCUCCGCUGUCUUCGAAGAUGGGACGGUUGAAGACGUCAACGUUGUCAUCUUCGCUACAGGAUACACUUCCUCUUUUCCGUACCUUGAAGAACCAACUCAGAGUCUCUGCAGGCAGAAAAUCUUCCUGCACAAAUAUGUCUUCCCCUCAAAUCUGGAGAAGUCAACAUUGGCCCUCAUUGGCCACGUUCAUCUUUCGGGAUCCAUCUUAACAGCGACGGAACUCCAGGCUCGCUGGGUGACCAGAGUUUUCAAAGGUCUGUGUGAAAUACCACCUCCAAGCACACUGAUGGCCAGUGCCGCCAAGAAGGAGCAGCUAAUCCAGCGGGGUGUUCUUCAGGAUCCUAACACCGAGAGACUGGACUACAUCACCUACAUGGACGAGCUCGCCAGAAGCCUAGGAGCGAAGCCCAAUAUCCUGCUCUUGUUCUUGAAGGAUCCCAAGCUGGGGCUAAAAGUUUUCUUUGGGCCUUGUAGCCCAUACCAGUACCGCCUGACCGGGCCAGGGAAGUGGGACGGAGCCAGAAAGGCCAUCCUGACCCAAUGGGACCGUGUACUCAAACCCUUGAGAACUCGACUGGCGCCGGAGCCCCCAAGCCCUCCUUCAACCUCAAAGUGUCUCAAGGUCUGGGGUCCGCCCAUUUUGCUUGCUGCUGCCGCCGGGGUGCUUAUUUGUAAAUUUUCAUUUCUCCUGGGGAUCUCCAGGAUCGGGCUGAAGGAAAAGUCAUCUGCUUUCUUGGUCAGUGUGAUGAGAUGGUGAAUUCGAAUGGAAAAUGGAGUUUCCACCCAAGAUCCGUUUACGGUACGGAGGGCUUUGACUGGAUUUCCCUCGGUUCCCAAAGCUAAAUUAAUUUCGGCCUGUCCCAUUUCAGUCACUUUAGUAGAAGAACCUGGGACUGAAAGAUCCGCUGGGGGCAAAAAAGAGAAGAAGUCCAAGGACGCUUCCUCAACUUCGAAGUACUGGAUUUGAAAGAUUAUCUUCCUCUCUGGUCGGCCCGAGGAGAAUUGCCUGUGUUUGACUCUGUGGAUUCAUUGUCAUCCGGGCCUGAACUCCAGCAAAACUCAAUCCCAGAAUCUCUCUGUCAGCCCAGCCCAGCACAGCAUGCAGUUCUCUCUUCUGAGACUACCGUGAGGAACCUAGAGUAUUUCGUCUUCAUUCCCUAACUUUUAGAGAGGUACCAUUGAUCGUGCCGAGUUGGCCAGACCUGACAGUUGUGGAUGACUUCCCUCAGUUUCAGACUUUGGUCUCUGAGUCCCACUUGCGAUGGAUUUUUCAUCUGCUUCUUACUGGUUUGGGCCCUAAGAAAUCCCUUCAAUCUCUACUGGCUUCUAGGUUGUCCUUAGACUCUGUUCUCUUUGUAUCGAUGAUCCUUAGGCUUUAUCGGCGACCUCAAGUCGUGACGGCCUCCAUCUCUUAUCUUGUAGGUCAAUCGGUCAGUAAAUCGUAUUCGUUGAGCGCUUACUGUGUGCAGAGCACUGUACUGUGCACUGGGGAGGAUAUGAUAUAAUAACAUGAUGCAUUCUCUGCCCACAACAAGCUUCCAGGCUAGAUGUCUCUUCCCCUAGCUGUCUCUUGGCCCUCCUCGGCUCAGAGCUGCUUCACUCUCUCCAGUAGCCUGCAUUCAUCCCAAGCAAGGGCAUUUGGUGAUAGCUCGCUGUGGGCGGGGAAUGUGUCUGUUUAUUGUUAUAUUGUUAAUAAUAAUAAUAAUGUUGGUAUUUGUUA